AUCCGGGAUCCAUCCAUCCACGACAAGCUCUUUAAAGAGCGUGACCUCUUGUGAAAUAAAGGUCACCUCAGCGGCCUUCAUCACUCUCGGGUGUAGGACUUCUUUCCCUUCACUUUUCUCCCCACGACAGACGACAUUUAUUACCAGCCGAGGUAGCAACAUGCCGGUCAAGCCGGAAGCCAACAAAACCCUCCGGGGCCACAAACUGCUGGUCGUCGCGCCGUGGAAGGUGCCCGACGACUUUGUAGCAGGGCUUGCAGCCAAGUUCCCCGAUCUGGAGGUCGUUUCCCAUGUGGAAACGUGGACUGGCGGCGGAGACCUCCCGCGGGUUAGCCUGCCGGCGGAGACGUGGAAGGACGUGACAGUUCUCUUAACUUUCACCAGCCUGCCGACGCCCGCGGAGGCCCCCAAGCUGCAAUACGUACAGGUGAUGACCGCCGGGGUGAACCAUCUGGUGGACACGCCCAUCUACAAGGAUACGGAUAUCGCCUUCUGCACUGCUAACGGGGUGCACGGGCCGCAAAUAUCCGAGUGGGUUAUCGGCACCUACCUUGCGUUUGAGCAUCGCUUUCCGCAAUACCUCCAGCAGCAAAGAGAGGCCCGUUGGGACAGGGGGAACCUGCUGACGCUGGACGACGCCGAGGGCAAGACCGUCGGCAUCCUGGGCUACGGCAGCAUCGGCCGUCAGACGGCGCGCGUCGCCACGGCGAUGGGCAUGAAGGUGCACGCGUACACGCUGCACCCGCGGCCGACUCCCGAGUCGCGGCGCGACCACGGCUGGACGCCGGCCGGGCUGGGCGAUCCCGAGGGCGUCCUCCCGGCGCGGUGGUUCUCGGGCCCGACGACGGCCGACCUGCACGCCUUCCUCGCGUCCGGGCUGGACCUGCUCGUGCUGGCGACGCCGCUGACCGAGGCCACGCGGCACCUGCUGACCCGGGCCGAGUUCGAGGUGCUGGCGGCCGACGGGCGCGCCGGCCGCACCUUCGUGUCCAACAUCGCGCGCGGGCCCGUCGUCCACACGGCCGACCUGAUGGCCGCGCUCGAGGGCGGCCUGAUCCGCGGCGCCGCCCUCGACGUGACCGACCCGGAGCCGCUGCCGGACGGCCACCCGCUGUGGACGGCCAAGAACGUGAUCAUCACGCCGCACAUAUCGGGGGCGUCGCUGAAGUAUUUCUCCCGCAUCUUGGCCAUCUUGGAGUGCAAUCUGCAGCGGCUGGCCGACGGGGCCGAGCUGGUGAACCGCGUCGACCGGAGGAGGGGGUACUAGGGGAAAGAGACAAUGCUUGUUUACUCUUGAUUGGGUACGUCAAUAGAGAUGCAGUUCCCAGAAAUCGAGGGUGGAAAAGAGGCAUGGGCAGGACCAAGCAAGGCGGCAAACCCGGAUCAUCCAGCUUCAAGGAGUUGUCUGGAAGCGACGUCAAUAAACCACUUGCCCACCAGUCCCCCAUCC